AUUGUUUAUUGUGUUUGGUUUUUAGCCCUUCUCUUACUCUUUUCUAUUUCCGUAAUAUGCCGCCCUUUCUUAUAAAUGGUGUCGAUAUCAGAAGAGUUCCAUCUCUGGUGAUGCGCAAUACCCAGGAAAUGGUUGCACCCUUUACGAUUUAUAUCUUGGAUCGAGUUGUGCCCUUUGUUAGAGAUAUGAUAUGCAUAUUGCACGACUCCUUCAUAAUAGAUCAUCGUGAACCGGAGCCCGUAAUGAAUGUGCAACUCUUGGUGCCACCAGUCCGCAGUUUGAUUGUCAUAUUCUACGAUUCACAUAUUGAACUACAUCGUUUACCCGAGCCAGUGGUCGAUGUGAAUAUGGUUAGAGCCGUGAGUAGUAUUGCCCAUCUGGCCCGAUCGACUGUCAGUGUAUUGGGAUCUUUGGCCAAUAACAACUAAACUCGUAUGUUACAAUAUAGCAUGGCUUUUCCCAUCAAAAUUUAAGAGCAACAAAUUUUCUGUACACAUCUUUUUAACCAUCUUUAUCGAUGCUUGCAAAUAUGGAUUUAGUGCAUGACUCGAUUGGAAUAUUGGGUGUAUUGGCCUUUGUGAUUGUGGUCGCGCACUCAGCCU